GUGAGGAGGUGGGCACAGGAUAACGAGGCUACAGCUGUGUGGUGAUGCGGUUCAGCUGUGUGUGGAGCUCACUGAGGGGAUAUAACUGAGAGAGAUGGGCUGAUUGCCCUUUGGUACUGGAGAUCCCAUCAGAGUGAGGGUGUGUGUUUGGCAAUAUUAAGAUUUCUUGUCUGGACGUUGAAAAUAACAUUUGGAUCUGGGCUUCUUUCUGGUGACCCAGGAGAAUAUCAUGGAGUCUUGAGGCCAGAUGGAAAAUAUGCCUUCAUGAAAAUGUUUCUACUCAACUAAUCCUGUCUUGGCUUUAAGUUAAAAAGAUGGCCUACCACAAAGUGAAUGCGGACCAGAGAACCCAGGGCCAAUACCUUGACAGUGAUGACCUCCAGGCCACAGCACUAGAACUGGAAUGGGACAUGGAAAAAGAGCUGGAGGAGCCUGGCUUUGACCAUUUCCGACUGGAUGGGGCAGUCCAGCAUCAUCUGGGAAACUCGCAGAGCCCUGACCUCGAUCUUGAGCCCAUCCAGCCAUCAGCUUCUCCUAAGGGAAGAUUCCAGAGACUUCAGGAAGACUCUGAGUACAUCUCGCACUAUUCAAGACAGUCACCAAAGAGCCACCGCUGCAGUUUUUUUCAGAUACUGAAAGUAUUUUGUGCUGCUUUAAUUUUAUUUAUUUUUGGAAUUGUGAUAGGAUAUUAUGCGGGCAAGAAAUGCCCUUCUCCUCCAGCAUCUCCAGAACCAAAUAACCCUCAUAACUACCAUGAAAUCCUCAAGGAAAUCAAAGCUGAAAAUAUUCAACAAAUAUACAGAGAUUUGUUACAAUCCCCUAGAGAAGAUGAUGUAGACGCUGCAAUGAAAAUUUUGCUUCAGUGGACUUCUCAUGGCCUUGAAGAUGUCCGGCUGGUAAAUUACUCUGUUUUGCUCGACCUACCAGGCUCUUCUUCAAACACAAUAACUCUGAAAAACAGUGGUGAAUGUUUUUAUCCUGAUGGACAGCAGUGCAGCAAAGUGACCAAAACACUUCUUAGCCAAGACCUCCUGUACUCAUAUGCGGCUUACUCUGCCAAAGGAACUCUUGAGGCAGAACUUGUUGAUAUACAGUAUGGGACCAUAGAAGACUUGAUCCGGAUUCAAACCACUACAAACGUGACCAAAAAAAUUGCACUUCUGAAGCUAGGACAAUCACCUUUACUUUAUAAGCUUUCUCUGCUAGAAGAUGCAGGGUUUGGUGGUGUUCUUCUUUAUGUUGAUCCUUGUGAUUUACCAAAGACUACAGAUCUUGCUGAUAAAGCUUUUAUGAUUUCCUUGAAUAGUGGAGGAGAUCCAUCGACACCUGGUUAUGCCAGUAUUGAUGGAAACUACAGACAACAUCGACUGAACCUCACCACACUGUUAGUGCAACCAAUUUCUGCAGCACUUGCCAAAAAACUCGCUUCCAUACCUGAGAAUAGAGUCCAAAAAGACAAGUGUGUACCUGUGCAAAUGUCAAGUACAGACAAAAAAAUAAUCAGUCUCAGUAUUCAGUCUGUCACAACGUACAAGACAAUUUCUAAUGUUAUUGGAUAUUUGAAAGGAUCUGUAUUUCCUGACAGAUACGUCAUCAUUGGUAGUCAUCACAGCAGUUUGAAUACUUACGGUGGACAAGAAUGGGCUAGUAGCACUGCUAUCAUAACAGCAUUUAUACAGGCUUUGAUGUUAAAAGUUAAGAAAGGAUGGAGAACUGACCGGACCAUUGUGUUCUGCUCCUGGGGAGGAACAUCGUUUGGGAACAUUGGUUCAUAUGAGUGGGCAGAGGAUCUCAAGAGAGUUCUUCAGAGAAAUGUUGUGGCUUAUGUUAGCCUCCAUAAUCCAGUCAGAGGCAAUUCAACUUUGCAUCCUAUUGCAUCCCCUUCUCUUCAGCAACUGGCAGCAGAGAGUCAGAGCAUCAACUGUGUGGAAAAGAUGAAAUGUCCAGGAUCUAAUGUGAGUUCUGUGCAGAUACAGGGAGAUUCCGAUUACUUCAUCAACCAUCUUGGAGUACCUGCAGUGCAGUUUUCUUAUGAGGAUAUCAACACAUCAGAGAAUUCUAGCUUUCUCUCUGAAGCACUUUUUCCCAUGCACGCGACAAGAACUGAAGAGCUGGAUCCCUCCUUCAAACUGCACGAGAACAUUGCAAAGUUUUCAGGACAUGCAACUUUGCAAAUUGCCAGUGAACCAGUUUUGCCAUUUAAUGCCCUCGACAUCGCUCUGGAAGUUCAGAACAGUCUGAGAGUGUUCCUAGGUGAAGAAGUAGAUGCUUCUCAACUGCUUGCAAUGGCAUCACGCCUGAGAGACACUGCAGAAUUGUUCCAAUCAGAUGAGAUGCGCCCAGCUAAUGACCCAAGGGAGAGAGCUCCUAUCAGAGUCAGGAUGCUCAACGAUGUGCUGCAAAGCCUGGAAAAAAGCUUCCUGGUUCAGCAAGCUCCUCCAGGACUUUACAGCUGUAACAUAUGCCUCUCAAGCUGCUGAUUUGGUAACAUGGAUCCCAGGGCAUUAAAGUAUAAUAGAAACUUGGAAGAAGGAGAAGCAUAAGAAAGAAAAAUAUAGCUAGACAGAACCUCAGAAACUGGGAUCUGACAGGUAAACUUGGAAUUAUCCACUUUUCAGAUGUUGAUAGAUAACUAGCAUUGAUACUGGUCUUUCAUGUGUAAAGAAGUUGUCCCUGUAUGUUUCUGAGAAUCACAAUUUUCAAAAACAGAUACUUUGGAUCAAACUCCUAAGCAUUCAGCAUAAGACAUACAAAAACCAAACACAUGGGAAGAAAGAGAAAAACAACUUUGAAUGCUAUUUGAAGAAAGAGACCAAUUAGUUCUGAAAAUCUGGAUGAAAUGUCAAGAUUAUAUGAAAUUUAGAUGAUCAGUUUUUUCCUGUAGAUCAGAGGUCCUGAAGUCCUAACAUAGAUGUCUCAUGAAAAUAAGAAUUCCAUGUUUUGCUAAGAGUACUUAGGUUGCUUAGAAAGUAGUGCCUCCUGUUUGUUUCCAAGGAAACAGCAACCAAUACAGAUAGAGCACAAUAACUAUUUCUUGGAGCAAACUCUUAGCUACAAAAUGUUAUUUUUCAGCGUAGUCGCCACCAUUUUACCAGCAGUAAACAAGAGCCUGCAUGCUGCACUUGUAAAAAUCUGCUUCAGCGGAGGUGACCUGGUGUCAUCGCUGCUGAAAUGCACUACUCACCUCCCACUGUUUCAUCUCCAUAAAUGUUCAGCAAGUGUCAAUGAAUGGCAAUGGGUGCCAUUUUUCCCACAUGGAGUAAUUCAGUGUCACACCUUUGCUUCAUACACACUUUCACGUCAGACACCAUUUUGUCAGUCUGCCCCUCUGCUGCCAUCUGUC